AUGGCGUCCCCAUCGCCUCGCCGGCUUGCACAGUCGGAUGGUCCGCAAGCCGGCCCAUCGUCGCUGUCGCAUCCGAAUCACGUUAGCGCAACCCCACCAACACAGGCAGACGCCAACCAGCCUCCGUUACGCGCUCGGCUGCAGGCGCUCCUUCACCAUGCCGAUUCUCACGCGGGCUCGAGUCCAGCACUCUCGCCCUCAUCCGACACGCCCAGUCAUCACCACAGCCAGCCAGAUGCACAGUCAAGCGCCACUUCACUCACCAGCGCCGAUCAGCCUCUCCCAUCCCCAGCGGCUCGCCCGUCGCAAUCCCGACGUAAAUCGCCAAGAGGCGCCCUGAGUGUGCUGCCUCAGCCUUCGAGACCUGCGUCUGCCACGUCCAUACCGUCGAGAGCUACGUCGCCUCAGCCGAAACCAGCAUUGCUGCCCCGCUCCAUUACCGCCUCAAAUCUCGACGAGCGCAGCGCCCACACGCUAGCUCCCGAGCUUCUAUCGCGCCGCCCACCGCGAUCCUCGAGCCUUGAUCCCUCUCAUUUGCCCACAGGUAUACAUGCCGCCUCUUCGGCAAUGGACCAAGCAGAGACGCAGUCGUCGCAGCUAUCAUCGGAAAAAGCCGAGACACGCCAGCGCCCGUCCAUCAAGGUGCGCAUCGUCACUUGGAACAUGCAUGAUUCCGUGCCCAAGGGCGAUCUCGAGGUUCUCUUAGGCAAAGCUGGCCAAUUCGUAGCUCCUCAGCACGGGUGGGACGCCAGCUACGAUAGUGCAGACGAAGAAGGCGACGACGAUUCGCAGCCUGACCGCACACGGAAGGGUGCACACGUUGUGGGUCAGGAGCACGUCCCCAGAGCCGACCGCAUCCCGCCUCUGCCACACGAUGAUUCGCACCCCUACCAUGUUCUGGUCAUUGCUGGUCAAGAGUGUCCAUGGGGAGAUGGAAAGCGACUCGCGACCAGUGUCGGUAUGGCCGGAGAGCUCGGCGACUUUGGCAAGCAGAAGAACCGCGCCGCCAAAGAUAAGGACAAGGACAGUCACAAAGACAAAGCAAAGCCGUUCAAGUCGAAAGAAAAGCAGAGGUCCGGAGACAGCGAUGGUGUCCCGAGCGUCGUAGAUGGCUCGAACGGAGCACCGUCAGGAGUCGAUGCGUCAACUGCCGCGCUCAACAGCAAGGACGGCCCUGCCGGUCCAGGUGACGAAUCGGGAUUCCCAUUCCAUUCCACGUCCAUGUCGUCAGCGCUGCCCGGAAAUCCACUCGCCUCGCCGAUGAUCGGCGGCACCUCCAUGUCUGCUUUCGGCCCAAGCUCGGAAUCGCAGAACGACGACAAGCUCGCUGCCUGGCCCAACAUCGGUGGCAAGGGAUGGAGCGACCUUUGCGAGGAUUGGCUUUGCCGCAACCAAGUUGCCAAGAAAGAUAGGGAAGGCAAAGACGGCAGGGACAAGUCCUUCAUCAGCGGCGCACGCCUCGCUCGCGCACUCUCCCAGUCCGCUUCCAAAAAGGACCUUGCCGUCUCCCGCGAGAAUCUGGCAGAACAUCACUUGAGCAUGCCCAUGCCAUCCUUUUCUGCUGCUGUCACACCCGAGCUUUCGCGUGCAGCCAGUCCGGUCGGUCUGCAGUUCAGCGCCAGUGCGCCGGGUACUCCCAACCAGAGCACCUUCGAGGGCUUCAAUGCCUACGGCGACGCGCAAAACCAAGCCAAUCCAGACGCUGCUGCCAAUAUGGCUAGCGCGGACAAGCGCAGACGUCUCGUACCCAGGCUCAAUCUCAAUCCGGUCGAUCUCGUCAAGAAAUCUGCCGCUGCCGCUGCGGGUCGCUCGAGCCCCGCGACCUUCACUGACGCCGAAUGCGUCUCGUCACCCGUGCUGCUUUCGCCCACUGCGAUACAGGCCACUGCUAGUCAUGCUUUGCCCCACGCUUCGCAGGCAUCCACCAAGGCGGCCGCCAACAAUCCGAGCACGAUCCCUGCUUCGACGAGCUCGGGUGCUUUGCUCGCUGUUCCCGGCACACCAACAAUGAGCCGCAUGAGCUCCUCCCACAGCCUUUCGAAGCUUGCCAAGGCGGCGGCCGACCCAGUCUUCCGUACAGCUUCUCCAGCGGAAAAUGGCGUGCUCGUAGAGCCCCCGACGCCGUCCCGUUCGCCUUCGCCAUGUCCCACCGACCAAGAGGCUCUUCGGGACGGCCUCGUUUCUCGCCAGACCCCGUCGCCAGCCCCAUCAUCCCUGGCCAGCCACGCUGCAGAGACCGGCCAGAAUCAGAAGUUACCCGAAAAGGCUUCUGCAGACCCGAUACCGAAGGCUUUGGGACCCUACGAGCUCGUCAUCAAGGAGCGUAUGAUGGGGUGCUACAUGGCCGUGUACGUCUGGCGUGGCUGCAAGGAUCGUGUGCGCGGCGCGUCUCGGUCUCACGUCAAGUCGGGUCUGCUCGCCGGUCGCGUUGGCAACAAAGGCGGCGUCGGCAUCUCGCUCAAACUCGGCACCACACGACUGCUGUUUGUCAAUGCGCAUCUCGCUGCACACGAGGACAAGGUGGCACUCCGCCUCGCCAACGUCGCCAAGAUCAAGGCCGCCCUCAAGGUCGACUCGUUCUUGCCGCCCACGGAUCCUCGUUCUAAGCUCGAGGAUAUCACCGAGCAGUUCGAUCACACUUUUUGGUUCGGCGAUCUCAACUUCCGCAUCGACAUCUCUCGUCAGCAUGCCGAUUGGCUCAUGAUGAACAAGAAGUACGAUCAAGCGCUCGCCUUCGACCAGCUUGGCAAGGUGCUCAAAGAUGGAGACGCUUUCAGAGGCUUCAAGGAGGCUUCAAUCAACUUUCCUCCAACGUACAAAUACGAUGUACUCAAGACGCUCAAGAUCAAGCGCAACAAGACGCUCACGUCGAUUCGGAGCGGCGUCGACAUACCGGGUGCUGGCAACCUGGCUGGCACGACCAAAUCCACGGGCUUCGACCUCGCCGGAACACCGAUUGGCGAGGUGAUUCCUGAAGAGGGUGCUAUCGGCCCAGAGGCACCUGGCAGGCUUGGAGGCGACGACACUGACGACGCCAGCUUCUCCUGCAUCGCACCGGGUGACCCUGAGCCCUUCUCAUCGCAGGACGAAUCGGCGCGCACCAUCCCCAUUGCAGGCAGAUCAGACCCCGCCGUUGCAGCCAUGGAAACGGUCGACCUGCAGGAUCCGGACCGCUCGGACGAAGAUCGCUUUUCCAUCGCUUCAUCCUCGGCGUUCGGUUCGGUUGCCUCUUCGUCAGGCUUUGCUCGUGCUUUCAAGCACGAGGAAGCGCGUGUAUCACAGGGCGUCGAUCCGGCACUGGUACGCGAGCGCGAGCUCGAGCUCGAGCGGCAGAGACAGCUGGCAGAGAACACGAGUGCAGCGCAGGGACCUCGCUUCUUUUCGCAGGGCGCUGCGAUCAAGGCCAAGUUUAAGAUCAUGGACAUAGUCAGGAAUGCGGCCAACUCGAAUCUUAAGGACAAGCUUGGCGGAGCUGCGUCUGCAGACGGCCAGCCCGGCGGCAAGAAGAAGUGGCUCAACGUCCUCACCGAGUCGCCUAGGAAGAUCCCCAUGCCCGCCUCGUUCUCGAGCGACAACACGUCGAUCGUCGACUCGGUCAUGUCGAUGCCUUCGCCCACGACCGACUACUCUGCCUCCUUCACCGAUCACAACGAUCUGCAGCGUGGAGGAGCGAGGAGGGGUAGCCUUCUGUCGAACGACGGCCAGCUCAGCAGCGUCGGGCAUGGCGAAAUCGGCACGCCUCGCAGAGGCUCGAGUGGCGAUGUGCAGACGCCGUCCAGCGAGCACUCUGUGGCGUUCACGGGCGCAUUGCCGCGUCGAUCUUCGGUGCAGCUGGCGCGGGCAUCGGCGCAGGCUCUGGCGGCGAAAGCGCAGCGGGAGGCCAAGUACCCGCAUCUGACGGGCGCCACCGCCGAGCAGAUUGACUUCUUGGAGGCGCAGCCGUAUGACACGAGUGCCAAGCAGCGAGUGCCGUCGUGGUGCGAUCGUGUGCUGUUUCGAUCCACUGUGCCGCUGGACGACGAGGAUGCGGACGAGAGCGGCGACGCAAGCGCCAAGGCGGAUGCACACGAGGCCAGGCUUGGCUCGAGGGUGGGCAGCGCGCUGUCGAAUGCUCUCAUCACACCGUUGCGUCAGGCGGCCGAACGGCGCCAGCAGCUGCAUGCGCAGAGGAGCAUGUCGAGCGGCCUGAUUGCCGCCGUUGCCGGCAGCACCACCAUCGCGUUUGCGCAAGAUCACAAAGUGCCCGCCGAGGCCAGCCUUGUGGAUCCGGCGGCUAGGAAAGCGUCGAUGGCGCGGCGGGAUCGCUCCAACUCGCGCUUUCUGCACCCAGGCCGACGCCGACAUCAGGCCAAGGCGCUCAGUCCCAGUCUCACCUUGUCAGAGCUGGCGCACGAGCCGGGCGCCGGCGUGAGCUGGGCGGCCAAGAACAGCAGCGCCGAGCUGCUGCCGACCUCGGCGAGUCUGGGGCUGGGGCUCGGCGCGGGCCUGGGGUUGGCAGGGCUCGAGCACAAGGCGCUCAGCUCGGUCGACCUGCCGAGCCAGGUCGAGGAGCGCGACCGGCGCUUUGGUGGCGUGCCGAAGCGCGUCGCUUCGCCCGCACUGGCGCCGGGCGAGGUGCAGGCGCGCGUCGUCAUCCCGCCGCGCCACUCGUCGUCGGCGGCCUCGUCGCCGGUGGUGCACGCAGCCGCGAUCCAGCCACCUGUGCGCUCGACCUCGGCGACGCACAUGGGCACGGGCGCCGACACCUCGGCCGACGCCAGUCGCGGCGGGUGGAUGGACAGCCUCUCGUCGCACCUGCCCGCCUUUCUCGCCCCCGCAUUCUCGGCGCUCCGCUCACACCGCCACGGGAGCACGGCGAGCAUCGAUGCGACGCCCGCCUCGGCUGCCGACGACACGGUGGCUGACGCUGACGCCGACCGCCUCGUGGGCCCACGCCGAGGCACCAUCGAGUGUCUGCUGUACAAGGCGCUCGACGACCGCGAGAUGCGCGUGCUCGAGGGCCGAUCCGACCACCGUCCCGUCAUCUUUGUCGGCGCCAUCGGCAUCUGA